UUAUUUUUGUCUGCGUCCGCUUCCCGUUUCCAAGCUAUGAAUGUAGUACCUGACGCGUGGCUGUCAUUCUGACAACGAGAGGCUAAAGUAUCCAGAAAAUUGCGCGGAACAGAUGUGCAUAUAUUCCAUUGAAACCGAACCGAACUAGCUUGCGAUCUCAGAACGCAAAUGCACCAGAACGUCUACAUUUAACACAAGUAACGCUACCACACAAACAUGAGUGCCUCCGGUGAUCUGAAGAAGCGCCCCUGUCCCGGCAUUGAAGAUGUCCAGGAUUCUCAGACGACCAAGAAGCGGCUGAACGAAGACGGCAAGAAAAGACACAUCGCCGCCUUGAUUCUGGCGAGGGGUGGCAGUAAGGGGAUCCCUUUGAAGAAUAUUAAAUUGCUCGCUGGAGUCCCGCUCUUAGGUUGGGUGGUGAGAGCUGCGAUUGACUCCCAGGUGUUUGAUAGCGUCUGGGUCUCCACGGACCACGACGAGAUCGAGAAGGUGGCCAAGGCGUGCGGGGCCCAGGUGCACCGCCGCAGCCCCGAGGUCUCCAAGGACUCCAGCAGCUCCCUGGAGACCAUACAGGAGUUCACCCGCCUCAACCCCGACGUGGACAUCAUCGGCAACAUCCAGGCCACGUCGCCCUGCCUGCACCCCCACCACCUCCAGGAGGCCCUGGAGCUCAUGACCCAGAAGGGCCACGACUCCGUCUUCUCCGUGGUCCGCAGACACCACUUCCGCUGGCAGGAGGUCAAGAAAGGAGGGGGCGCCAGCACGGAGGCCCUGAACCUGGACCCGAGCCGGCGGCCGCGGCGGCAGGACUGGGCAGGGGAGCUGGUGGAGAACGGCUCCUUCUACUUCGCCUCCCGCCAACUCAUCAACAAGGGCCUCCUGCAGGGCGGAAAGAUGGCGUACUAUGAGAUGCUCCCAGAGUACAGCGUGGACAUCGAUGUGGACAUAGACUGGCCGGUCGCGGAGCAGAGAGUACUCAGGUACGGCUACUUCGGCACGGACAAGCUGGAGGCCAUCAAGCUGCUGCUCUGCAAGGUGUCGGGCGGCCUGACUGACGGGCAGGUGUACCUGACCACCGGCGGCGAGGAGAUGGUCUCCAUCAACACCCGCGACACCACAGGCAUCGUCAUGCUGCAGAGGGAGGGCGUGGAGGUGAUGCUCCUGUGCUCCAGCGAGACCCCGGUCUCCAGCAGCCUGGCUGAGAGGCUGUCCAAGCGCACGGGCUGUGAGCUGCUGCAGGACGUGGGCCCCGGCCAGGUGGACGAGCUCAUGAGACGCAAGGGGCUGGCCUGGAAGGAGGUGGCCUAUCUGGGCAACGACGAGGUGGACGUGGACUGCCUGAACCUGGCGGGGCUGAGCGGGGUGCCUCGGGACGCCCCGGUGGUGGCGCUCAACGCCACCAAAUACGUGUGCCACAGCCCGGCGGGGCACGGGGCCGUGCGGGAGUUCGCCGAGCACAUCCUGCUGCUCAUCAAGAAGGCCAAGUCCAAGAUGGAGCAGGACCACAUCCGCCGCGACCUGUUCUGAGAGCCGCUGGCCCCGCCGCCGCGGCUAAGCGCUAACGCGCCGCGACUCGGCCCCCGCGUCCCGCAGGCCCGCGGUGUCUCUACACCGCCCCGAUUUCACUAAUCAGCUUAUUAUCUGAACCAAGAAGGUAAGAUGAUGGGCAAAUACCUCCGGACAUCGCAGCCCGCGGGACGUGGAGUUCGGUAGCGCUGCGCUAAAGGCUCACACAUCCGCUGCUACGCGCUAAAGGCUAAAGGCUCACACAUCCGCUGCUGGCAUCCCGUUGGGGAUGUGGCAGGCCAUCUCGCUGGUUCUCUUACAGAUAUGGAAUGUAGUGCAUACUAUUAUAAGGUUACUAUGUAGGUUGGAUGUGGACAGUUCUAAAAAUGCGUUUGCAGAACUGCACCGUGUUUUAUUAUGAAAAUAUUUCUAGACUUCAGCCUUGAGGGCCCUUCUCUCAAGACGCUUUGGCCCCGACAGCUGGGAAUAGAAUCAGUUCAUUUGAAGGUGUACAUUUUUUUUUCUGUGUGUGUAUGUUUGUGUGCGUGUGUGUGAGCUCGAGACAUUGACCACAGUGACGGAUAUUUGCCAAAGCGAGACUUCGUCUGAGGCUCACACUGGUCUGACUUCUUCAUUAUACUAAAACAAUCACGACAAAGACCCUAAUUUGAUGAUUUGCAUUGAGCUCUAAUCGAAGAUGUUAGAGGUCAACGCUGAUUCCACUGAUGCUGUGUUUUCUUAUCUUUUUUUUCAUUCAUGUCAAAACAUAUUUCUGUGCCAUCUGUGUUUCUUUUCUUGAUGACUGUUUGAUGCUGAUAAUGGGUGAGUCAGAAAUAUUAUUUUAAAAUAGUUUUAUUUGCUCGAACAACAGAGGACGACCACUACUGCUGCACUUAAAUGGCAGAUUAUGUGAUUGAUGAUUGUGAUUUUUGAAUGUAAAAUUUUAAAUAAAUUAUACUUUACUGGUACCUGUUAA